UACAACAAAGACCAAAUAUCCUAAAUCCGAAUGGCAUAAUCGUAAAUAACACCCAACUCUUGUCCAAUCAAUUUUACGCGGUAUAUACACAGAAUUAAAACUCACCUUCUCUAUCCACGAACCUCACUACCCACUUUCCUCUUCCUCACCAAUUUUAGCUGACGUCUUCAAUCAUAUAUAAAAAAAAUCCACUUUUUUCAAUAACCCACUUGAAACAUUGAUCAUAACCCUAGUGUUUCUUACUUCUAAAAUCCAUCUUUUUCAAAGAUUAUCCAAAACCCGUGUGUGAAUUGUUUCAAAGACCCAUCAAAAACCCGUUGUGAAUUGUUACAAUGGAAGUCGUGCCAGUAAAAUCCUUACCGAUAAGAUCUUUACCGGUCGGUUACCGGUUUCGACCGACGGAUGAAGAACUGGUGAAUCAUUAUCUCCGUUUGAAGAUCAACGGUUUCGAUAAAGAAGUGAGUUGUAUUCGUGAAGUAGAUGUUUGCAAGAAAGAGCCUUGGGACUUACCCGAUUUGUCGGUGAUCGAGUCAAUUGACAAUGAAUGGUUCUUUUUCUGCCCGAAAGAUAGAAAGUAUCAGAACGGGCAGCGAUCUAACCGGGCAACGGUUUCUGGGUAUUGGAAGGCUACUGGAAAAGAUCGGACGAUCAAGACGAAUAGGGGGAAUAGUGUGAUUGGGAAGAAAAAGACCCUUGUCUUCUACACGGGUCGGGCCCCAAAGGGGGAGAGAACCCACUGGGUUAUUCAUGAGUAUUGUGCUACUGAGAAGGAACUUGAUGGUACCCAUCCUGGACAGAGCCCAUUUGUGCUUUGUCGUUUGUUCAAGAAGUAUGAUGGAAAAGAUGAGAACGGCGAGAGUGGUGAUGUGGAUCAGAGUGAUGCAUCUCCUCUUUCUGUUGUGAAGUCUUCUAUGGAAGAUGCUCAGUCAGAGCCUGUAACUCCGGGUUUGACCGUUCAACAGAACGUGCAACCUCCGACCAACCGGAUUUUGAAAACCGAAGAUUAUGAGAGGAACGGUGACAUGUUUGGUUUUUAUGAUUGUCAGGACCAUGGUAUUGGUUCAAAUUAUCAGGAUGAUGAUUUUAAUCUAGAAGAAGCUCUAAAUAAUUGGUUGGAUGAACCACCCGUACAUUUAGAUUCGAAUAUGUUUUCCCCUAUUACGCAUCCUCAGAUGCAACUCGAAUUCGGACCUGCAUAUGCUGGCAACCACGGAGUUGUGAACUCUGGUUUUGAAGAAAAUGGAAUGCAAAAUCAAUCCGGGAGUGUUGAGUUCUGGAGCAAUUGUCUAGCUGUAUCAGAUCAGCUAGACAAUGAUUCUGGUGUUAAUGGCGGGUCCGUUGCUCAAGCUUCAUUUCCUGGAGUUAAUGUUAAAGAAAAUGAUUAUAGUGGCGAAUCAGACGGUGAAGUCAUGCAAAUACAGCGUAUGAGUCGGGAUUUCUCUUUCCAGCCUGAAGCUUUUGAAACUGGAAUUGCUCAAGCCAAAGAAGAUUCUUGCGGCAGCGUCGAUAGUGAAGCUGCAUUUGCAUCCAACAGCGAGCAUGUUUCUGAUACAGGAAUCAAGAUAAGGAGACGCCCUACACAAAGUGUUGCUAACGGUCCAGACUUUAACGCUCAAGGAACAGCACCGAGAAGAAUCCGUUUUCAAAAGAAGCUUCAAAUAGGGCCGGUCAUCACCCGUAGUGAAGAAGAAAACGAACCGAAACCGAUCAUCCGUUUUCAAAAGAAGCUUCAAAUGGGGCCUGUCACCACCCGUAGUGAAGAAGAAAACGAACGGAAACCGAUCAUGAUUAAGGAGGAAGGCCCAACUGCUGUCUCCACAGUUGAUGGAGGAUACGAUCAAGAUAUUGUUUCACAUGUAAAGCCAAAAGCCGACAUUGUUCUUGGAAUUCGUGUGCAUAUGCAUAAGGUGCUUCUGGUUCUGGGCUUGUGUGUAGGAAUUGCUAGUUUGUGGAAAUUAUUGAGUUUUGUAGUGAGAGAUGACUGAUUGUUGUGAAUUAGUAGCCUUAUUAUGUUUAUAUGACGUAUGUAUCUUUUUUUCCGACUUUAGUAUGUGUUGGUCGAUAGGUUAGGUUUGUAAACGAGUCGAGCUCGAGUUUUUUAGACCAAGAAAACUGCGAGCUUGAGCCUGGGUGUGUUAUGAGUCAUGUAUCAACCUCGAGCUUGUCUCGUUUGUCAAUUCUAAUAAAACUGCAACUAUAUUUAUAUAGUUAUAAGGUUAU